ACAUAAAGAGAAGGAAAAAAGGGAAGCAAGCUAAUCCGUUUUCUUACGAUAUCUUGUUAUGUAUCGGUAAAAGCAAAUAGAUAGAUUAAGAAAAAAAUGGGAGAAAAAGAUUGUGUACAGGCAUACUACAGGAGCUGUUAGAAUGGUGGCCAUCAUCAUCAGCGCGAGGAGGGAGCGACAACCAGCGGCAUAGGGGGCGGUGACCUUUACUAGCUGGCCCGCAUCGUUUGGACUGAAAAUGGCUGUGGACGACGAUUUUGACAUUCCAGAUACAGGUGCUGUGUUCACAUUUGGGAGGAGCAGGUUUGCAGACAAUGCUCCUUCAAAAUUUUGGAUCAAGAAUGACAUAAUAGUGGAAAUAGCCUGUGGGGAUGAGCACACAGCAGUGUUGACAGAAUCAGGCAGAGUUUUUACUAUUGGUAAUAAUGAUAUGGGACAGCUUGGCCUUGGAACCACAAAGCCUGUCCUCAAACCAUCCUGUGUAAAAUCUAUCAAGCCUGAGAAAGUAGUGCACAUUGGCUGUGGGCGGUCACACACAAUUGCAGCCUGCUUUAGUGGUGGUGUGUAUGCAUGGGGCCAUAAUGGCGAUGGUCAGCUGGGUACUGGGGACCAUGUAGACCAUCUUUCACCAGUACAGAUACUGAAGCUGGAAGCACCAGCUGCAGGUGUGGCAGCAGGCUGUGCUCACUCCAUUGUGCUCACUGAGAAUGGCGAGUUGUACGUCUGGGGCAACAACAACGAAGGCCAGCUGGGUAUGGAUGUUGGAGAGCAAUUAACUCCUGCAUUGGUCACACUGCCAGAGCCGGUGGUGAAUGUGGCAUGUGGAUAUUACCACAAUGUUGCCACCUCAGUUUCUGGACAGGUCUAUACUUGGGGGGAGAGUGAUCAUGGGAAGUUGGGCCUUACUGACAGUCUACUGGCAUUCCAUCGCCACCCACAAGAGAUGAUUUUGCCAGAGAAAGUGGUGCAGGUAGCUGCAGGAAGUGCCCACACACUCCUCCUGACUGAGAAUGGUGUCAUAUACUCAUGUGGGUUGGGAAGCAGUGGAGAACUUGGGCAGAAUGGAGGGAGACAGGAGUGCUGGCUGCCAAAACCUAUCAUGGAGACUGAUGGGAAGCUAGUGGUGGCAAUAGCAGCUGGAGCAAACCACUCUUCAGCAAUCACAGCUGAUGGGUUCCUGCUGACUUGGGGAUGUGGCCGUCAUGGCAAGCUGUGUCAGGGUGAAGAAAACUUUGCCUCACAUUUCACACCUGGCCUCGUGCGGCGGCUGCGUCACAUCAGAGUGGUCCUGGUGGGGUGUGGAGGCUGCCACACAAUGGUGCUGGGAUGUCGGCGCCAUGAAGCACAAGGUACUGAGGAAGGUUUGAAGGAAGAGAACCAGUCAUCCAACACUGCUCGAAACAGAAGACGACUCUUAGAUGGUGGCCUUCCACCUUUAAAGUCUGUAGGAUUGCCUCCCCUCAAGCACACUGUCCUGCCUACAGUCCCAGAUGCUGAGGAUGUGGGACACCAUUCAAUAGAGAAUGAUUUGCCUGACACAACUGAUGUUAUUGAUAAUGAGACAACUUUGCAAGUGGAAUGCAAUGGGGCAAAAUCUAUUGUAAGGUUGCUGUCGGAGAGUGAGAGUGAAGAGGAGCCAGUCAUACAAGAAGAACAAAAAUCCACGGAGAAAUCACCAUCACCAGAAAAAAAGCCUGGUCGUCUGGCUCGCUUCUUUAGCAGUUUACGGAAAAAGAAGCCCUCAUCAGCACCACCGGAGGAACUUGUGAAUGGAGGUGAAAAACAAGUUGCAGACAACACAAGAUCAGUUGAUGGUUUUCUUGGUGAGGGGCCAUUAAAGGAAGCCUUUGUCUCCAGUGGGAAUACUUGUGCUUCCCCAAAGUCACAAGUGUCCACAAAUCAGAAGCAGUCAAAAGCUUGUGUCAUCUUGUAGCUGAUGUCAAGUUGGAAGCAUUUCAUCACAAUGGGACCUGUUUAAUGUACAAGCUUCUUCAUUCUACCUAAUGUUUCUAAAGAGAAGUAAUAUUUUAGGAAGUUGUUUCACUGUAAUAACAUUUUAUCAUUAUAUACUUUUGUAAAUGUUAAUCACUGUGAAUGUUGAAUAAUCCAAUGAUGUGAUCUCUGUAGCUGAUUAGUUAUGUGGCUAGUGAUGAAGGAAAUAUUAAAGGAAAUGUGUAGAUAAUUGUUAUUCACAUCUUAGCCACUGAGGUGAUACUCUUCUUGGGUCUGUGGGAUGGGUCUGUGAGUUUGUUGUCUUCCUUAUACAUACCAAAUGUCUGUGAAUAAGGUUUUUAUUUUUGACAUAAAAAAUGCAUAUCUUUCCAGGUAUAAGCAAACAUUGUUACAUUGUUUUCUAAGCUAUGUUGUUUGUACGUCUGCCACAUUAUUCAUGGUGCAUAUUACCCUUUCAAUAUUAUUGAUGCUCUGCUGUUCAGAAACUUGUUAAAGAAACUCAACUGUGAUGGAAAUGUUCAUAGAUGUCAAUGGCACCAUACAGUUUAUGCAUCCCCCAGUCCUCUUGUUCCUCUUUGGCUUUCCUUCAUAUAUCUCCCACUGAUACACUCACUCAAGAUGAUUUUAUUAUUCAUCGAAAUGCUAAGCUGGCAUCCCUCUUAAACCUCCUUGGUUGUAAGAGUUUAUAGGUGAUUAUACAUAGAUGAUUGUUGGUUGUGAUAGCACCCUACAUAUAUCUAACAUAUAUCUAGAAAACAGUAGGUAAAUCUGAAGUGUCUCUGGUUAUGCAUGUGUUUUUGAUGAAUUAUCAUUGAAUUAUGUUCAUACCUGCUGAUAUAGGAACUUUUCAGAGCAGAACAGUACGUGACACCAAAUAUGAAUGUGCGACAUGAACAAUACAUAUGAAUUACACAAAUAAAGUGUUGAUAUAG